AUGGAAGCCCCUUGGUGGUGGCCGCUGGUCACUGUGCUCAUGGCUGGGGCUCAUUGUGUGGCUCUGGUUGACCAAGAAGCUUCGGAUCUCAUCCAUUCUGGCCCCCAGGACAGCAGCCCUGGGCCUGCCCUACCCUGCCACAAAGUCUCUGUGAGCAAUAUAGACUUUGCCUUCAAACUCUACAGACAGUUGGCUGUGAAUGCCCCUGGAGAGAACAUUCUCUUCUCCCUGGUGAGCAUCUCCCUGGCCUUGGCCAUGCUUUCUCGGGGGGUCCCAGUGGCCAGCAGGACCAAACUCCUGGAGGGCCUGGGGUUCAACCUCACUGUGGUGCCUGAGGUGGAGAUCCAGGAGGACUUCUGGGAUCUGAUGCUCAGGCUCCCUGGGCAGGGUCCCCGGCUCCUCUUGACCAUGGCCCAGCGCAGGUUCAGUGGCCUGGGCACAAGGGCCAACCAGAGCUUAGAGGAGGCCCAAAAACACAUUGACGAAUACAGAGAGAAGCAGACCCAGGGGAAGCUCGGGGCCUUUGAGAAGGACCUCAGCAGUGAAACCACAGCAGUUCUGGUGAAUCACAUGCUCCUCAGAGCUGAGGGGAUGAAGCCCUUUGACUCAUGUGCCACCAGCCCAAAGGAGUUCUUUGUAGGUGAGCACAAGGCUGUGUGGGUGCCCAUGAUGAAGGAGAAGGCCAGCCACCGCUUCCUGCACGACCCUGAGUUGCAAUGCUCUGUGCUGCAGAUGGACCAUGCUGGGAACACCACCACCUUCUUCAUCUUCCCCAACAGGGGCAAGAUGAAGCAGCUGGAAGAUGCCCUGCUGCCCGAAACACUGAUUAAGUGGGACAGUCUGCUCAGGACCAGAGAACUCGAUUUCCACUUCCCCAAAUUUUCCAUUUCUAGAACCUACAGACUGGAGAUGCUCCUCCCACAAGUGACUGUGGGUGGAGGCUUCCCUGGGCAGCCUGGACUGAACAUCUCUAAAGUCACUCAUAAGGCCAUGAUGACUCUGGAUGAGAAGGGCUCUGAAGCUGCUGCAGCCACCAGCAUUCAGUUCACCCCCAGGCCUCACCCAGACCUUGACCUCCCACCCUCUCCAGGCACUGAGUUCAGUCGGCCCUUCCUGGUGAUGACUUUCCACAUGGAAACGGGAAGCAUGCUUUUUCUGGGGAAGAUUGUAAAUCCACUGGGAUAA